CUGAGAAACAGAAGCUGCAGAAGUAAAAUACGGUGUUUUCAGAAUCAGAACAGAAGCAUCGUAGAAGUUGAAGCUCAAAGGACGGCGCCCAUCGUACUCUUCGCUUCGUCCUUUUACUUUCCAUUCUCUCUCUCUCUCCUAAGAAAUUGAAAAAAUCUAGACAAACCCAGAGGCCUCUGCAUGAUCUCCUACUGAUUGUGCGGGUUCAACGACUUUUUUGGUGUGUAAUCCAAUCCGUCUCUUGUUUGAUGCUGUGUGGAAUCUGUGCGGCUUUUGUUUCCGACACGCUUUGAUUCAACAAAAUGCCGGGAGAAUUUGUUGCAGCUGAAGAGGAUGCGAGGGUGAGGGUUUUUGAGCCUGAAUCCUCUGAAGACGAGAGGCGGCGGACACGCUCUAAAUCUCUCAGGAAGAGAGCGAUGAGCGCUUCUGCUAGAUUUAGCAGCACGCUAAGAAAGCAUGGCAGGAGGGUCGCGGAUUGCCGUUUUGCUCCGAUUUCGGUUGAUGAGGUCCGGGACGCGGGGGAGGAAGAUUCGGUCAAUAAGUUCCGCGAGGUUUUGGUCGCGAGAGAUCUGCUGCCACUCCGUCAUGAUGAUUACCACACUAUGCUGAGAUUCCUCAAGGCUAGGAAGUUCGACAUUGAUAAAACUCUUCACAUGUGGAUAGAGAUGCUCAACUGGAGAAAAGAUAAUAACGUAGAUACUAUUAUGCAGGAUUUCAUGUAUGAUGAGUAUGAAGAAGUUCAACGUUUUUAUCCUCAUGGUUACCAUGGUGUAGAUAAAGGAGGAAGACCUGUUUAUAUUGAAAGACUUGGAAAAGUUGAACCUGGCAAGCUAAUGAACGUCACCACAAUAGAUCGAUUUUUAAAAUAUCAUGUUCAGGGGUUUGAGAAGCUUUUCACUGAGAAAUUCCCAGCAUGUUCCGUUGCAGCGAAAAGACACAUAUAUUGUACAACAACGAUACUAGAUGUGCAGGGACUGAACUUGGUGAGCUUUGGCAAGAUGGCACAUGAGCUUGUUAUGCGCAUGCAGAAAAUUGAUGGGGACAAUUAUCCUGAGACGCUAAAUCAGAUGUAUAUAGUAAAUGCCGGCAGUGGGUUCAAAUUUCUAUGGAACACCGCAAGAACCUUUCUUGAUCCAAGGACUACAGCAAAGAUACACGUCUUGGGCAACAAAUUCCAAAAUAAGUUGUUGGAGGUCAUAGACUCAAGACAACUUCCUGACUUCCUUGGAGGAGAUUGUUCAUGUUCAAAUGAAGGUGGAUGCCUUAGAUCUGACAAGGGGCCCUGGAAUGAUCCUGAAAUCAUGAAAAUUGUUUAUGCCGAAGAAGCUAUUCAUUCAAGUAAAGGUAAAAAUAUCUACAAUGGGAGCAGUUUUGAAGUCAACUUUUUUGACUCGAAGAUCGUGGGUAAUGGAAUAUCUUCACCUGAAUCAGGGUCUGAAGCAACUGCCAGUGCUUCUGGCAUCGAGAAUUUUGUUUCAAUGGCUGACAGGGAAAAAUGUUCCACACCAAGUCCCAUCAGCAGCAUCAUUGAACCUACAGAUACUGCUGGAAUAAUUGAAGAAUAUACUUCAAAUAAUCUAAAUGCUGAUGUUCGACCAAGAAGGCAACUGAAGAGAUUCGUUCCCCGUGUUACGAGUACAUUUGUUCAUUUUGUAUUCAACAUUUUUGCUUGUAUAUAUCUACUAGUCCCAGGAUUGCGGAGAAUUUUCAUGAUGAGACAUGCUGAGAAUCAACAACCUGAAGGCCCUUGCAACAAUCAGUUGGAAGAUUUGGAGUCUCGAGAACAAUCUACGACAUUGAAAGUGGAUCCACUCUGGAAAAGGCUGCAAAACUUGGAAGUCAUGGUGACGGAACUUACGAAAAAACCUUCAAAAAUCCCUUUAGAGAAAGAGAACAUGCUUCAUGAAUCUUUGAAUCGUAUAAAGUCCAUAGAAUAUGACUUACAGAAGACAAAGAGAGCACUACUUGCAACUGCAUCAAAACAAGUGGAGCUUGCUGAGUCUAUGGAAAGUAUAAAGGAAAGCAACUUAGUUGGAGCAAAUUCAUGUUGGCCGAGAAAUCGAAAACCAAAUUUGUAUGGAAGUUGAGUGUCAUUGUCACCAGAUCGAAGUUUUGCCUGUCGAUUCGAGAAUUCUCAAUUCAGGUUCCCUCUUAUCUUCUCUUGCUCCGUGCUUGCAUGGAAGAUGUUUCUCAUCAUAGGGAAGAAAUUAUUAUACACCACAAAAAGAGACUUUCUUUGUAUAGAGCCAUAACAAAGAAUUUCACACCCCGCACACACCUGAUAACUGUUCUUAUAUAUUUGUACAUGAUUUACAGUUCUCUCUUUUUCUCCUUUUCCCCAUCGAGUCCUGAAACUGAUACACAUCAUAGAUAUAAGAAAUGUACUUGUCCUCACUCACUCGUGUAUUGUACCAACUAACAUUUUACUAAAUAUAGAGAACAUGCCUUCUCUUUCCAUUUCA